GGCGUUCGGAGCGCGGUUGGCCGGAGCCGGAGCCGGAGCCGGAGCCGGAGCCGCGACGGCGAUGGCGAUGGCGAUGCUGACGGGCAGCGGUCGGAGCAGGCGGUUCCCACCCCCGGGGGCUGCGGGCGGCGGCGCGUCUCCUUUCCAGCAGCUGGGCCAGCGCAUGCAGGACAUUACUGGUGAUGGCGGGGUGCUAAAGGAGGUUGUCCGCGUGGGCUCCGGAGAGCUGGUCGCCCCUGACGCAUCUGUCUUAGUUAAAUAUUCUGGGUAUCUGGAAUACAUGGAUAAGCCCUUUGAGACAAACUGCUACAGGAGGUCUUCUAGACUGAUGAAACUUGGAAAAGAGAUUACGUUGUGGGGCAUGGAGAUUGGUCUGCUGACCAUGAAGAAAGGAGAGUUGGCGAGAUUCCUCUUCAUGCCACAUUAUGCCUAUGGGGCUCUGGGCUGUCUUCCAUUGAUUCCUCCUAAUGCCACAGUCUUGUUCGAGAUAGCAUUGUUGGACUUCCUUGAUUCAGCUGAAUCUGACACAUUCUUUGCUCUGACUGCUGGCCAACAAGAUACUAUCCCAUUACAAAAAGUGUUGAAAGUGGCAGAUACGGAGAGACAGUUUGGGAAUUACCUUUUCCGUCAGAAGCACUUCAUGGAUGCCAAAGAUAGAUAUAAAAGGGCAUCCUUGAUUCUGUGUCGCAGGCUACCCAGUAAGGGUGAGCAGAGCCAGAUUGAUGCUGCAAAGCUGCUGGUGUUCCUGAAUCUUUCAUUUACUUACCUAAAGCUGGAACAUCCUGCCCGAGCUCUGAUGUAUGGAGAAAAGGCCUUGGAGAUUGAUGAGAGAAAUGCUAAAGCACUAUUUAGAUGUGGUCAGGCUUGUCUUUCUAUGUCAGAGUAUGAAAAAGCUCGUGAUUUCUUGAUUAAAGCUCAAAAAGAGCAGCCCUUUAACCAUGAUAUUAACUGUGAACUGAAAAAACUGGCAAGCUUUUACAGAGAAUACAUGGAUAAAGAGAAAGAAAUGUGCUGCCGAAUGUUUGCUCACCUCCGCCUGCCUUCUGUGGAACCAGAAGUAAAGCUGAGAUGAUCCAGUUUGUCUGAGAUGAUGAUCUAUUUGAGGAUGGUCCUGCUUUGAGCAGGGAGUUGGACUAGAUGACUUCCUGAGGUCCCUUCCAACCCUAAUUUUCUAUGAUUCUAUGAUAUGAAAAAAAUUAAAAGAGAAAUUCUGAAACAUGUUUCAAACAUUCCAUUUAGAAAGUUAAAACUGACAUUAAAAGUUAAAAAAAAUGGUAACUUUCUCAAAUAAUGUGGCAAAACUGAGUUAUGCAAAAUGUUUUUUACUGUAUUCUCUUUUUCCUUCAUCCUCGCUCAGUUCCUGUCCCCAUUUUAUAGGUCAGGGCUCCACAGAAAACUUAGUAGCUCUCCGUCACUCUUGAUUUUGGGAGGAAUUGUUGUGAUGGUUGUUAAGCUAAACUGGACUUCAGGAGGUACACUAGAAUUACUCUUAAUGAUUUUCCUCUUUUCCUCCAAACUGCAUUAAUGCUACUUCAUGAGAAGACAGAGUUGAAGUUUUUAAAUCUUAGUGUCAGUUGCCAGAUUCCUAAUUCUCAAGGGACAGGCCUAUACAGUGUUUGAUGUGCAUAUUUUGGAUAAUGUGCACCUUUUCCUUAACAAAAAAAUGCAUCUACAUUUAAGUUGUAUUAGUUUGUGAAAACAGUCCAGAUAUGACUCAUGUAUUUGUAGUUUACAAUCUUGUUUGUAAAAUAAUGUAAUCUCAAUUGUUAUUUUAAGCAAUACCUGUCACAAACCAAUUAUAAUAGUGCCCAUGUCACAAGCAAGUGAAACCAUUCAAAGCAGUUUUGUUUUACACUAAGUUAACUAAAGGUUAACAAAAGUUUUUGCCAGUAACCGCCUUUUUGCUGCGCAUGUCAAAAAGAAAUUUAUUGCUGCGCCACUAACAGAGAUAAAACUUUUGUCUUCUGUGCUGUACAUAAAUCAUUAUAAUUGGUCAGAGUAAAAAGAGGAGUAGCCCUGUCAUAACACCCUAGUGAAGACCGCUAGAUAAUUGACGAUUCUAAUUAAAUUUAUGACGUGGCGAAAACCAAUUGGCUGUUACACAAAUAAAACCCAUUCUCACUUCCGCAAAGAAGAAGAAGGGGGACCUCCGUACAUACCUUGGAGACCUCUGAACAUACGUGUCAAAGUAACUGGCAGUUUGAUCACUUGCCAGUGCCCCCCCCUCACGUCUCGACCCAAUCUCAGACGUAAAUCAACGACGUGCCGGCCCGACCAUUUUUCUGCCCGACCAUUUCUAUCCGACCACUUAUGCGACCGACCUACGAACCCUAAGCUGUAACUAACCAAGUAUUUCUGACCUCCGUUAUUCACCACCUUGACGGCGUGAGUAAACAAUCUUGCUUUGCAACUGAUAAGCUUCUGUGCCUAAUUAAUUCCACUCCAAGCGUCACAAGUACCCGCCUGAUGGCCUUCUAAGGUCACGACCCCCUCGCUGCAGUGCAUGGCAGUGACAUGACGUCACGAACAGGAUGCAGGGGAAAUGUGAUGGAGGUGGAAUUAAUUAAGAACUGCCCCUGGUGUAGUGGGGGGCACCGCAUAGAUAACGCAGAUGAAUUAUGGGCCCACAUCGCUUAUCACCAAGCGAGCGGAGCAGAGACCGGGUGCGUCAGCAGCUACUUCUCGCUGAGAGGAGAGGAGGGAGUUGAAAAGGAGUGGGGAGGCUUCGAGUGGGACAAAGAAAAAAUGAUUAACGUAGUGUCACUCCUACUGCGUGAAAAUGCAAACUUAAAAACCCAGUUAGCUACAGUCAGCAAAGCUGCUGCGGAGAUGGCAGCAUGCCAAAACCCUCUGUCGCCACCAGAAAAUGGCGCCGAGAAAAAUAUGAGCUGCCCGGAGGACCUGGAAAAGGAGGGCGGAGCCACAAAAGAACAGGUGGGACUCCACCCAGCUACCCCGCCCCAGGAGAUGACGUCGCUCCCAACGGCCCCACCUCCGUACCACAGGGAGGGGGCAACGAGCAAGAAUCCGAUCCUCCCACCAGACACAGUAACAACUACAGCAGCCGCUCACCCUGUAGCAAUAACCAAGCAAGUAACCAACCCAGAGGGUGCAACCACCACCCUUGACGUCAUCGAAGCACGCGUGAAGAUUUAUGGAGAAGAGGACACCAUCACCCUUCGCCUUCUCCUCAACCUGCUCGUUACUCAGCCAGUAGAGAAUCUUUUAAGUUAACUUCCACGAUUGCAAGCCCUUGUGAAGUCAGUAGCUGCAAACCCAGCCGGCACAUCAAGCCACCUUACUACAUACCUGAUUGGGCACCAAGGGCCAAGACAUUCCCAAUUCGACUCACGAAAGGAAUCAAGACUGCCACCCCAGAGGACGCCGGAGGAAAGAGCCAUGUUUGGGUUCCUCCUAAACCACUUCACGCUUACCAAACAAUGGCUACACGUCUUAGGAGUUGCGGAACAAUGACAACUGGCACAUAUACUAGGCUACCAACCUCGACCAAUCCCGCCAACCAGUCCGGGCCCCGGAGGCACCCACACCUAACACUCCGGAUAACACUGCAGCCGGCCCCAACAAGCAACUACUCGAAGGGGGCAUCUAUGAACUAUUCCAACCACUACGACAUUAUGCUCGUAGAUGGACAAAAGACAAUUUUAUUGUUUUUAGUUUUCUUUGUUUGUUUGUCUGUUCGUUUGUUUUGUCCCCUUACAGGCCCAGUGGUGACGAAACAGCAAUCUGUGGCUGCCCGAUAGCGAGAAUCACCGAGCACCGACCUGCAGCACACCCGGGUCGACGCCACAAUGGCUGCCUGCUCAUAUGUCGCAAGCAGGGUCGUUGCUCUAUUCCUGCUGUUACUAACAGGUUCCUCGGCAAACGGAGCUGACUUCAAAACCUCCAACUCGGUCCUGAACCUUCUGUCAUUUUAGGCCAAAGACAUAACUAGCAGCUCAUUUUAUGGGUUCUUUUUUCCUGUUAAUGAUCUUGUACAUACUUGUUUUGUUUUGUUUUAAAGCCUGUUCGAGACUUUACGCAGUAAAGCCAAGUCAUAAUGUUUUGAGUGGAAAGCUCUAAAUUACUAAAAGAGAACAGCAUUGAUAAUCAAGGUUUGGGGGAUGUCGCAGAAAGGUCGAGUAUAGACAGAAGCAUUAAAUGAGAGAGAGAAAGGAAUUUUGCCUUUUUAGUUUGGUUUCUUAACUAGAACACGAGAGAGCACAAGAGGCAAAUGUGAAGGCUUAUUGUAUGUCGUAGGUAGAUGGAGGACAGGAAAUGUUUGGCAUCAAAUCAUUGGGAGAAAAAGCAAGUAGUAAUGCAUGGCAAGGUUUGAUGCGUUUCGAUAGUCUUAAGCAAAAAAAAAAAAAAAAAAAAGGAAAAUUGUGGAAAACAUCAACCGACUCUCGAGUAUAGGCCAAAGUUGGUUAUCAAACCUCUUCCGUUGGUUUGAGUGGGACACGUCACACGUCAUCAUGGUUCCUCAACUUGUUAAUACCCUUCAUUACGCUUUUGUUACCAGUUGCUAUAUUUGUGUGUUUUGGUUGUUGGAUUUUACAGUAUCUUAAAACGAAGUUAACCACGCUUUCUGCUUUUGUAUACACCCGCUUGCCAAACACUAGCAAAGAUGAACAAAAUGGUCUGUACGUAAACAUGAUGUGACUUGCUGUGCCAUGGGCAAGGGGGCAUGUCGCAACCCAAUUAUAAUAGUGCCCAUGUCACAAGCAAGUGAAACCAUUCAAAGCAGUUUUGUUUUACACUAAGUUAACUAAGGGUUAACAAAAGUUUUUGCCAGUAACCGCCUUUUUGCUGCGCAUGUCAAAAAGAAAUUUAUUGCUGCGCCACUAACAGAGAUAAAACUUUUGUCUUCUGUGCUGUACAUAAAUCAUUAUAAUUGGUCAGAAUAAAAAGAGGAAUAGCCCUGUCAUAACACCCUAGCAAAGACUGCUAGAUAAUUGGCGAUUCUAAUUAAAUUUAUGACGUGGCGAAAACCAAUUUGCUAUUACACAAAUAAAACCCAUUCUCACUUCCGCAAAGAAGAAGAAGGGGGACCUCUGUACGUACCUUGGAGACCUCUGAACAUACGUGUCAGAGUAACUGGCAAUUUGAUCACUUGCCAGUGCCCCCCCCUCACGUCUCAACCCAAUCUCAGAUGUAAAUCAAAGACCUGCCAGCCCGACCAUUUUUCUGCCCGACCAUUUCUAUCCGACCACUUAUGCAGACCGACCUACGAACUCUAAGCUGUAACUAACCAAGUAUCUCUGACCUCCGUUAUUCACCACCUUGACGGCGUGAGUAAACAAUCUUGCUUUGCAACCGAUAA